GCUUCGCUUGACCCCAUCGGAUACUCUUCCCCAGCUGCUGCUGUCUAUUGCCUCCGCUGUUCCACUCCUCUUCUCGUCUUCGUCUCCCACCGCCUACCACCUCGCACGCUCCUGGCCGCAUUGGCCGAAGCCCGAAGGGGAGGCAGGGCCGGCGGCUGGGCUCGGCUCCGGCUACGACAGGGGAGCUCACUCAUGUGUUCAGUUGCCAAGAGGUUGUUGGCUUGACUGACUAUUAACGCAUUGGAGGUGAACCCAGUUGAGGCCUUUAUCCUGCUUGUCGGGAAUGGAAGCUCCACCGGAGGCAUCAAAGCCGGCAGAUGCUAAACCGGUGAAGCCUCGACCAUCUGCACCCACUGCCAGGAUUGCGUCUUCGUCAGUCAAGAAGCGGGCUGAUGGUCUUACCUCGGCACAGUUGAAUGUGUCCCGGUCUUCCUUGAUGAAGCCUACCUCUACCGUGACCGCUGGUUCGGUGCAGAGAAGAAGCAGCACCGGAACUGCCGGGAAGCAACAGGAGAAUGGGAGCUCAGUUGUUGCUAAGAAGGUUAGUCCUUCGCUGUCGGAUGCGGUCAAGAGGAGUAAACCGGUGUCAGUCCCCACUGUUAGUUCCAGACCUUCACUGGAGAAGAGAACAUCUUUGGUGUCUGAGAGGACCAAGGUAGAUUCGGUGAAGAAGCCUUCUGUUAAGGCAUCGCCAACUUCAACACUGAACAAGGUCCCAUCGUUGACAGAGAGCUCCAAUGGCAGCAGCACGACUGCCAGUUCCAGGAGAAUGGCAUCAAAUGCUUCUCUGCACUCACCGCGGUCCUCUUCAGUGACAAGCAGUGUCACAAAGAAAUUGGGUUCUCGGACGUCAUCGGCGGACAAGGGUUCUUCUGUGUUGAGCCGGAGGAAGAGUUCGACUGCUGAUAGUCGUGACUCACGGUUUAUGCUGCUGCCACAGGUGGAUCUGAAGGCUAGCGAUGAAGUGAGACUGGAUUCAAGAGGUCACAGGGUUCGUAGUCUGAAACAGUUGAGAUUAACACCUAAACUUGAGUUUGUGUAUCUACGGGACAAUCUGUUAUCAAGUUUGGAGGGCAUUGAGAUACUCAACGGCGUAAAGGUUCUUGAUUUGAGCUUUAAUGACUUUAAGCUCCCUGGGUUUGAGCCUCUUGAGAAUUGCAAAGUCCUCCAGCAACUUUAUCUUGCUGGAAAUCAAAUAACUUCACUUGCCAGCCUUCCUGAAUUUCCUAACUUGGAGUUCCUUUCUGUCGCUCAAAAUAGGUUGAAGUCACUCUGUAUGGCCAGUCAGCCUCGACUUCAAGUGUUAGCAGCCAGCAGGAAUAGAAUAUCAACUUUGAGGGGAUUUCCACAUUUACCUUCACUGGAGAGUUUACGUGUGGAGGAGAAUCCACUUCUUGAGAUGCCACACUUGGAAGCUGCUUUGAUUUUGCUUGUAGGCCCUACUUUGAAAAAAUUCAACGACCGAGAUCUGAAUCCCACCGAGGCUGAGGUUGUGAAGCAAUAUCCUGCUCAUACAGCUAUUUGCAUUCGUGAUGGUUGGGAAUUUUGCUCCCCUGAACUUGCUGCUGAUUCAACAUUCUCCUUCCUGCUUGAGCAAUGGAAGAAUAAAUUGCCCCAGGACUACAUAGUGAAGACAGCUUAUGUUGACCAUCCAUUUGAAGAAGACCCCUGCCAUUGCCAUUUUAGCUUCACAAAUCUUAGUAGUGAAGGUAAACUAGUCCUCAAAUACCAAUGGUUUCUAGGUGGCAAGACACCGACAGGUUUUGUGCCUAUUCCUGAAGAAUUAAGCGAGGUGUACUGGCCGAAGAGUGAGGAUGUUGGAAGAUGUUUGAAAGUUGAAUGCACUCCAGUACUGAAUGAUGCUGAAUUCCCGCCCGUCUUUGCUGUAUCUUUACCUGUUUGUCUAGGGACUGGAUAUCCAAAGGUUAUCAAUCUAACAGUCAAUGGUGAACUAGUAGAAGGAAAUGUACUCAAGGGUGUUCCUCAGAUUGCUUGGUGUGGUGGGACACCAGGGAAAGGUGUUGCAAGUUGGUUGAGGCGAACAUGGAACGGCAAUGCUGUAAUAGAUGGAGCCGAAGGGAUGGAAUAUCAGCUAACUAUAGAUGAUAUUGAUUCAAGUUUGGUAUUUAUGUACACACCUGUUACGGAAGAAGGCGUUAAGGGGGACCCACAAUGCACAAUGACAGAUUUUGUAAAGGCUGGCACACCAUCAGUUAGCAAUGUAUACGUUGUUGGAGAUAUUGUUGAAGACAACACAAUCAAAGGAAACGGAAAAUACUUUGGUGGCAAAGAGGGACUGAGCAAAUUCCAAUGGUUCAGAGAGAAGGAAAAUGGUGGAUUUCUUCUAGUGCUGUCGAAUAGCACACAAUACACACUAAUCAAGGAGGAUGUGGGCUGGUGCCUCAAAUUUGUAUAUACUCCCAUCAAUCUUGAAGGUCAGGAGGGUGAAGCUGCUUUCGCCAUAACAGAGGCAGUAAGGAAAGCUCCUCCGAAAGUCUUUGAUUUGAAGAUUACUGGUGAAGCAAGAGAAGGAAGCAAGGUAUCUGUUACUGCUACCGUCACAGGUGGAACUGUAGCAUCCAGCAGGGUUCAGUGGUUCAAGGCAUCUUCAUCUGAAUUUGUGAAUGACCAUGAGCUUGAAGCCCUUUGUACAUCUAAAGUCUCCAAGACAUUCCGCAUUCCUCUUGGUGCUGUUGGAUGUUAUAUUGUUGCGAAGUUUACUCCUGUGGGACCUGAUGGCGAAAUUGGUGCACCAGCCUAUGCUAUAUUAGAUGAUGUUGUGGAAACAUUGCCACCCAGUCUGAACUUUUUGACAGUCACUGGUGAAUUCUCAGAGGAUCAAAUGUUGACUGCAUCAUAUGGGUAUAUUGGGGGCUAUGAAGGAAAUAGUCUAUACAGCUGGUAUCUUCAUGAGACUGAGGAUGAUGAAGGCAGCCCACUUUCAGAAGCGUCUGGUUUGCUACAAUAUCGCAUUAAAAAGGAAGAUGUUGGGAAGUUUGUCUCUUUCAAAUGCAUACCAAUCAGGAAUGAUGGUAUUGUUGGUGAGCCAGGAGUUUUCAUGGGAAAUGAUAGAGUUACACCAGGAAAUCCGACGGUACUUUCUCUUGAACUAAAUGGUGAGGCCAUUGAAGGGACAACUAUGGUUGCGAAUAGAAGAUACUGGGGAGGAGAAGAAGGGGACACGGUAUUCCGUUGGGUACUGACAAGUUCUGAUGGAACCUGGAAUGAAAUUGAAGGCGCAACAAGCUCAUCAUACAGCUUGAAAUGUGAUGAUAUUGGCUUCUACGUGUCUGUCUCGUGCGAGCCUGUUAGAAUUGACGGAGUUCAUGGUUCUUUGGUGACGACAGAAGCAAUCGGUCCUAUUAUUCCUGGGCCACCGGCAUGUCGAUCACUUGAGCUAGCUGGCUCUAUGCUUGAAGGUGGUCGGUUGACCUCUCAUGCUGAGUAUACUGGAGGUGUUAAGGGAAACUGCAUCCAGCAAUGGUUCAGAUCACAUGAUGAUGGUAGCAAGGACGAGUUGAUUGCCGAUGAAUGCCUAGAUCUUGUUCUAGCUGAUGUUGAUUGCCGAAUUGAGGUUAUAUUUACACCUGUAAGAGAAGAUGGAGUGCAAGGGUCUCCUAAGAGUGUUUCUUCGGAUACAAUCUUACCUGGGGAGCCCAAGGGUGUCAGUCUUGUUAUACCAGAGUGUUUUGAGGACAACGAAAUUUCUCCUAUCAAAGCCUACUUCGGUGGCAAGGAAGGCACUGGAAAAUAUACUUGGUUCCGAACUACAGAGAAGCUUGAUAACUUGGAACCUGAGCUGGUGGCAUCAUGUUCAGAAGUUGUCGGAGAAACCUUAUUGUACAAACCUUCAUUGGUUGAUGUUGGCUUCUACUUGAUCCUUUGCUGGGUUCCUACACGAUGUGAUGGAAAGACUGGUGACCCAUUGAUGGCCAUCACUGAUAACCCUGUCAUGGCAGGUUGCCACUUGAUCUGUUCCUACUUGACAUUGCUAUGUAUUAAGUAUUUAAUCCCUGCAGAUUCUUACUCUUGUAUGAAAUUUGCAGCUUUUCCAUCUGUUUUGGAUGUUAACUUGAAGAAGACAAGUUCAGACUUAUACAGUGGAGUAGGCAUUUAUUAUGGUGGAUAUGAGGGAUCAAGCUUGCAUAAGUGGUACAGGGAAUCUAGUGAUGGGACCAGGAUUUGUAUAGAUGGCGCUGCUUCAAGUACAUAUGAAGUGGCAGAUGCAGAUUACAGCUGCCAUUUGUUGUUUGGGUAUACUCCUGUUCGUUCAGAUGGAGUCAUUGGCGAAGAAAAGUUCUCUGAACCAUCUGAUAUAAUCUUUCCAGAGCAACUCAAAAUCGAGACCCUUUCAUUCAAAGGAAAUCAAGUUGAGAGAGAAACACUUGCUGUAGUUGAACAAAUUCCAAGAAAUGAGACUCAAGAGCAUAUAUGGGGUAACUACAAGAAAGAAAUAAAAUACCAAUGGUUUGCCUCAAAUGGAUCAGGAGUGGACCUGUCUUUUGAACCUUUGGCUACCGAGUGCUCUCGUUCAUACAGAGUACGCUUUGAGGAUAUAGGCCGAUGUCUCAAAUGUGAAUGCAUUGCUAUUGAUGUAUUUGGACGAUCCAGUGAAUCGGUAUCAGCUGUGACCUCCCCUAUUUUGCCAGGAAUACCUAAAAUUGAAAAACUGGAAAUUGAAGGAAGAGGUUUCCACACCAACUUAUAUGCUGUUCGGGGUAUCUAUAGUGGUGGCAAAGAAGGCAAGAGCAAAAUUCAAUGGCUUAGGUCAAUGGUUGGAAGCCCUGAUCUUAUCUCCAUACCUGGUGAAACUGGAAGGAUGUAUGAAGCAAAUGUUGAUGAUGUAGGGUAUAGACUUGUUGCAAUUUACACACCUGUGAGAGAGGAUGGGGUUGAGGGACGACCUGUUUCUGCUUCAACAGAGCCGAUUGCUGUUGAACCCGAGAUUUACAAGGAAGUAAAACAGAAGCUUGACGACGGUUCUGUCAAGUUUGAGGUUUUGUGUGACAAGGACCGAACACCCAAAAAGGCACAAGUGAUGGGACAUUUGGAGCGGAGAAUUUUGGAAGUCAACAGAAAGAGAAUCAAAGUUGUAAAGCCUGGAUCCAAGACAUCAUUUGCAACUACUGAAGCCCGAGGGACAUACACUCCCCCAUUCCAUGUUGAGCUAUAUCGUAACGAUCAGCACCGUUUCAAGAUUGUCGUUGACGGUGAUAACGAAGUUGACUUGAUGGUUCAGACGCGGCAUAUGCGAGAUCUUGUCAUUCUGGUGAUCAGGGGCCUCGCCCAAAAGUUCAACAGCACCUCCCUCAACUCACUUCUCAGGAUAGAGGCGUGAAAACAUGAUAUACCUGACAAUGUAAAUCAAUCAGGAACGUAUGUUGUUCAAUACCGGUGUUGCAAUUUGUUGGUUUGUAGUGUGUAUUUUGUAGGAUUUGUAGCGUGUCAGCUUGUGUGAUCCUUUUGUUCUUCUUCUAAAGAACCAACACAUAAGAGCUAGUGGCCCUUGUGACUCUGUUUUUUUUUUUUUUUUUUUUUUUUACAUUUCUCAUGAAAUGUACAUAGGGUUUUCAGAGUGUGAGAGAGUGGUGUUGUAUUCAAAUACAGCUUGCGCAUGCCGUGCUGUUAUAAUAUCAGGUCAUGUUGUUGAUGAUCAA